GGAAGUUCUGACCGAUGUCAGUCGCCCAUCUCCUACGUCGCUUCCGGGAGCUUUGGUAACGUGUCCUUACCGGCGGAACCAAGCAUCAUCACCAGCUCUGAGCCCGGAACACAGCGACAUCCCGGACAUGGCGGAGCUGGAACCCGCCGCUCUGCACAAUGAGACUGAUGCCGCCGGGAAUGGCACGACCAAGCUGCCCAACUCUCUGGAGGGGACGGCGCUGGCAUACGGGAGCCUGCUGGGGAUGGCUCUCCUGCCCAUCUUCUUCGGAGCAAUACGGAGCGUCACCUGCGCCCGGGGCAAGAAUUCAUCAGACAUGCCUGAAACCAUAACAAGCAGAGAUGCUGCCCGCUUUCCAAUUAUUGCCAGCUGCACCCUCUUUGGACUGUAUAUUUUUUUUAAAAUCUUCUCCCAGGAGUAUAUAAAUCUCCUGCUCUCCAUGUAUUUCUUCAUCCUGGGAGUGCUAGCGCUUGCACACACCAUAAGCCCGGCCAUGAACAGACUGUUCCCAGAAAACUUUCCAAAUAAACAGUAUCAGCUGCUCUUUACUCAGGGAUCUGGGGACAGUAAGGAAGAGAUUGUGAAUUACGAAUUUGAUACCCGGGACUUGGUGUGUCUACUUCUCAGUGGAGUGGUCGGGGUCUGGUACGUCCUGAAGAAGCACUGGAUUGCCAAUAACCUAUUUGGUUUGGCAUUUGCUCUUAAUGGGGUGGAGCUUCUGCAUCUUAACAAUGUCAGUACCGGUUGCAUCCUGUUGGGGGGGCUCUUCGUCUACGACGUGUUCUGGGUGUUUGGGACCAAUGUCAUGGUGACUGUGGCAAAGUCUUUUGAGGCACCAAUAAAAUUGGUUUUCCCUCAGGACCUGUUAGAGAGAGGACUUGAAGCCAGCAAUUUUGCCAUGUUAGGGCUUGGUGAUAUUGUCAUACCAGGUAUCUUCAUUGCAUUGUUACUCCGUUUUGAUAUCAGCUUGAAGAAGAAUUCUCGCACGUAUUUCUACACCAGCUUUUUGGCGUACAUCUUUGGGCUGGCUCUGACCAUCUUUGUGAUGCACACCUUCAAACAUGCUCAGCCGGCGCUCCUUUAUCUAGUCCCAGCCUGUAUCGGAUUUCCUCUGCUUGUGGCGCUGGUAAAAGGAGAGAUCACAGAGAUGUUCAGCUAUGAGUCCUCUGCGGAAAUUCUACCUCACACUCCACGCCUAUCUCACUUUCCGGUGGUCUCUGGAUCUCCUGCUAGCCUGGCUGAAUCCAUGCAACAAAAACCUUGUUCCCCCCGCCGCAGGCGGCAGCUCAACCCCAGCUCCAUGUGAAGGGUCCCACUCAUAUACGAGGAGCAGCCGAGGAAUGCAUCUGAAGACCAAAAGGAUGAGACAGACAAAAAAGAGGACUGAUAAUUCCAUGUAUUGGGGGAGGGGUAAAAAUCUAUGGGAGAUGACGAGCACUGUCCCCUUAUUACUGCUCCCCCCCCCCCCCCCCCCCCCCCCCACUCAAACUCUGCAAUAUGUGUGUGUGAACAGCUUAUGCUCCUUCUCCAUCGUCCGUUGUGUGCGUACAUAUGUGCCUGUCAAGUGUCACUGGGCUGGUAUUUUUAUAUUCUGUAUGGUGGAUUGCUUUCUAUGGUAUUAAAUCGUCAAUGAAGAUGA